AUGGCCGGCGCCGGGGGCACGAAGCGGGCACCGUCUCCGAACGGUGCUAUAUCUCCGCCUCCACUGAAACGAAAAGUUGAGCCAACGGUGACCAAGAAAGCCAUGUCCUCGUUCUUCACGCCAACAUCUCAGAAAAAGCCCGAGCAAAUCACCUGGCGGAUUGUGAAGAACAGUCUAAUUAUUGGCAAAUAUGCCAAAGAACCGGGACCUGAGGAAGAGUCUUCAGGCAAGCCAAAAAUUGCUGCAUUUGAUUUUGACUCGACUUUGAUUUCAACUGCCUCGGGGAACACAUUCCCAAGAAACUCGGCAGAUUGGAAGUGGUGGCAUUCUUCCGUACCUUCUCGUCUGAAAGAGCUGGAGGCCGAUGGAUACCGAGUAAUUAUUGUUUCCAAUCAAAAAAAGAUCAGCCUGAAAAAAGAGAUGAAAGCCGGGAAGGGCGAUUCUAAAAGCUUGACAAAUUUCAAAGAAAGGAUCACGGCCGUUAUGGAACAGCUAGAUCUCCCUAUGAGUGUUUACGCUGCUACAGAGGAUGACGACUAUCGGAAACCGAGGAGUGGGAUGUGGAACGAAUUCUUAGACGACUAUGACUUCGACGUGGCUGGAGUCGACCUGUCAGGGUCUGUUUUUGUUGGAGAUGCCGCCGGCCGGCCGCGAGACCAUUCUCAGGUAGACCGGGGAUUCGCAGCCAAUAUCGGGCUUCCGUUCAAGACGCCUGAGGAGUUCUUCCUCGGGGCCGACCCAGAGCCACUUGUGGAACCUUUCAAUCCGUCUUUGUAUCUUCAAAAUGACGACGACAAUGCGCCUGCCCCUUUCUCACGCCAAAAUCCCCUCGAACUUGUCAUCUUCUGUGGCAGCCCCGGAGCGGGCAAAUCGACUUUUUACUGGGAUUACCUAGAACCAAUGGGUUAUGAGCGAGUGAACCAGGACAUUCUCAAGACGCGACCAAAAUGCAUCAAAGUAGCCAAGGAGCACCUUGCGGCCAAAAAGUCCGUUGUGGUCGGGCCACAUUCCUCUCCAGACUUUGCUAACUCACUGCUUGCCGAAAACAAUUCCCCGACGCGAGUCGGAGAAUUGGGCAUCAAAACGCACAUAGACAAUACCAAUGCAGACCUAGAAACCCGAGCCCAUUGGAUUGAAGUCGCAAAGGAAUUUGAAGUCCCAAUUCGUUGCGUGUAUUUUUCCGCGUCGCCCGACCUCUGUCGGCAUAACAAUGCCGUUCGAGCAGCAAAUCAGGACCUGAAUCCGGAAUCUCGUACCUCACUACCAGGAAUCGCCUUUGGGGACUUCCUUCGCCGAUUCAAAGAACCGACCCUAUCGGAGGGUCUCACGGAUAUUGUUCGCGUUGACUUUCGCUUCCGAGGAACUGCCGAUGCGAAACGCAUCUGGAGCCAGUAUUGGAUCUGA